UUCCCUAGGGACGGAUCGCAGUGUUUUCAAUCGCAGCAAUUAUCACGGAAUGUGGUAGCCCGGCUGCUUGGAGCCGGACGGAGGGGGGGGGAAUAAUAAAACGUUAGGCGUGUCGGCGUCCGUUUUUUACGUCUUUUAUAACCAUUGAGAAUUGUCUUUUUGCCGAUCCGAUAUUUUGUUGUACUGUCAGCAGCGACGGCAGCGACAAGCCUUCAAAGUGGAUUGGCUUCGAUCAAAGCGUAAUGUCAAAGGCGCACGUGGCUGUGACGCCGCGACGUUCCGAGGAUGCUUGGAUCGUAGAUCCGCUACGAUAGCGUAUCCAAACGACACAUAUCACAUUAAGUGUCGUUGCCUCGCAUCGCAUGUAUGUGCUCGCCGUUUGGUCGCGCGCGAAGGAGGGUAUGCUCUUAUGGGGUAAUGAACGGCAGGUAGUCUUUGCUGUGGAAUGGAGACGGAGAGCGUAAAAUCCGGGGCUAGUGAGCAUAGCCAUAGCCACCACAGCAGGAGCUCUCAAAAGCAUCAUCGAUCCCACAGCUCAAAGCAGCAUCACAGGACACAUUCUCAUCGUACUACCAGGAGCAAUCGAAGUCAAAGGAAAGAGCGGCAGAAUUUAGAUACUAAUGAAAUGGCUCCGUUUCAAACAACUGUAAAUGUACGGGGAGAUAGCGUAGAUAAUAUGGGUCAGGAGGUGAUCGAAGUACAGAUACUUCCUCAGGAUGAAAACUGGGGAGAAAACACUACAGCCGUUACUGGCAAUACCUCAGAUAGAUCAGAAUCGACCGAGGAUGUAAGCCACUGGCCAAACGAGACUGAUAGCUCAUUCGGUUCUAGCUGCAAUCGCUAUAUCGGUCCAAUCAUAGCAAUGAUACUCGGAAUAAGCGCCUUUUUUAGUCCUAUUGCCAUGGUGAUCUUGCCUAAAUUGGGAUUUUUUCCCGACUCAACGACAGUAUUAACGAUGCAGCAAAAACUACAGCUAUUGUCAUGCAAUGCUGAAUGUAAAGGCCAACUGCUAGGAUUAGCCUUCAAAUUGGUGCUACUUGGUAUUGGUAGCUGGGCGGUAUUUCUGCGUCCUCGAGUUGCUACCAUGCCACGCAUAUUUUUAUUCAGAGCAGGAGUGCUGCUGCUCACCAUGCUGUGCAUUUGUACUUAUUGGCUUUUUUACGUUGUACAGAUCACUGAGAGUGCUAAGACUGCUGCCAAUGGCGAAAUAUCAGAGUACAAAAGUUUAGUAAAUUAUGCAGGUACCCUUGCUGAUACACUCCUGUUUAUACACUAUGUCGCUGUGCUCCUUAUUGAAGUUCGUCACUUACAACCUACAUUCUAUCUAAAGGUCGUUCGAUCGCCGGACGGUGAAUCGAAAUCCUAUGCAAUAGGUCAAUUAUCAAUACAAAGAGCGGCCGUAUGGGUCUUGGAAAGGUACUACACAGAAUUUCCGAUUUAUAAUCCAUACUUGGAAAGAUUGCCGGUCUCAAAGUCGGGCAGAAAGCAAUCGAGCUUCAAGUUCUACGAGGUUGAUGGUGGAGUAACUGGCGCUAUGCAACCGCGCGGCGGUAGCGGGGAUCGAGCAGUUUUAGCGGCGCAGGCACGUCGCCGUGAUUCGAGUCAUAACGAACGUUUUUAUGAGGAGCACGAUUACGAGCGACGGGUACGGAAACGUCGCGCGAGGCUGAUUACCGCCGCUGAGGAGGCGUUUGCGCAUAUCAAACGUUUGCACUCCGAGGUGGAUUCCACGCCGAACUCGGGACCGAUGGACCCCAUGGAAGCCGCGCAGGCGGUGUUCCCUUCUAUGGCGAGAGCUUUGCAGAAGUAUUUGAGAAUCACUCGACAACAACCGCGUCACUCUGUAGAAUCCAUUCUUAAUCGUCUUGCCCGAUGUUUAGCCCAAGAUGCGGCGCCGCGCGCAUUCUUGGAACCAUUCCUCGUCACGAGCCCGGUGUUGUCGAAUGAAAAAGAGAGACAAAAGCGAUCGCAUCAUUGGGCUUUGGUGUGCGAGGGAGAGCUACCCUCGCGUCCAAUUGCUAACGGUUGUGAAUUUCAAUUGAGACAGGGCGAAGUAGCACUCUUGUGCACGGUGCAUAGAUUACCGCAUUUUAAUCUUACUGAGCAAUUGGCACAUCCUAAAUCGAACAAGUUUCUUUUGCGAUUAAAUUCUGAAACUUCUGUUUAAAAUGUCUAAUAGAAUUCUGGAAAUUCCAUUCUUUUAUUUUUAAUGAAAUUUUGCAAUGCCUCAAAACGGGGAUGUACUUAAUAUGAUUUUUGGCACAAAUGAAAUUCGAUAGAUAUAUUUAAAAAACUAAUUCUCUUUGUGCGUUGAAAGCGCUGGACCUCGCUUUGCACAGAAUACAUAAUAUGAUAAGUGCUGUAGUUUGUUCCACAAAAGAUACAAAACGGUGGAUGAUGGAAACUUGGAGACUUUUAUAAGUGCAGGAAAUAUGAUCUAAUGAAUAUUGCAUUUUGCUUUAAAUAAAAAAUAUCUUUUAGACAUUUAUUUAAAAAGGUAUUAUCUAGGAUUUUUAUCAAACUUGAAAAUCGAAAAGCCGAUUUUUCUGAAAUAUGUUUUCCAGAACUUUUCCUGUAUACUGAAAUAUAGACUGUUGUAAAACAAUGUUGUAAUAGCACAUAUUUAGAUGUUUUGACGUGAUAAAUUGAAAGAAGCACAAAAAUUGGGAGAAUAAUUCAAUAUUGUUUUAUUGUAUUUUUAACUAUGAUGAUAACAUCAUUUUAUUUUUUUUGAAGGAGAAUUACGAAGAUAUUAAUCAUUGAAACAUAUCUCUGAAUAAUUUUAUUACAAAGUAAUAGUAUUUAUAUACUUGUCUGUACUGUAUGUAUGAAAUACUCAAUUUUUCUUUUCUACUUAAGACACGCGCAUAUACAUUUAUUUAUUCCAUUUUAUAGUAUAUAGUGCAUAUCAUGAAUUUUAUAUAUAUAUAUAUCUCUUUUUGGAGAUAAAAUAGGAAUAAAUUAAAAAAACACAAGAGAUUGAAUAUUUGUACUGAUAUUUGUAUUGAUAUUUAAUUAAUACGCAUUCCCGAAUUCAUGAAUUAUAUUUAUAGUACCAUAUUUACAAGAGAGACAUACUUUAAGUAUAUAAGAAUUAUAUACUUGUAUGUGUUCAUAUACAUGCGCACAUGUGUAGUAAUACACAAAAAAACACAAUUCAUACAAUCAUAUUUCGCUAACAAGGAGAGAGUAUAGAAACUUGUAUCUCUUGUUAUCCUGUGUUCUGCAAUGUAAUAGCACAGCGAAUACUCGAUAAUGAUAGUCUUAACUUUUGUACUUCAACAUUUUUAUAUGAUUUUCACUCUUUAAUAUAGUGUUUAUAUUAAAUAUGCAAAAAUGAUAAAUUAAUUAUUAGGUGAUAGAGAACUUCGAUACGAGCAUUUGUUAGGUUUAUUCUCUCCUCUUAGUUUCUCCAUUAUAUUACUAUUUUAAAUAUUUCUGCGUUGUGAUUAGAUAAGAAUUAUGGUCUAUUGGUAAAUUAUAUAUUUAUAUGUAUACAUGUUUAGAUUAUUUUCUUUAUUUUUAAAUGCUUGAUAAAAUAAUAUAGAAAGCAUAUCUUGAAUAAAAUUUGAAAAUAAUGUCGCGAUUACUCUUUGUUGGAUGGUUUUAUUGCAAUCUUCCAUUUUCUUCUAUAAUCUGUAAUCAUUGUAAUAAUCAUUCAACGCAAACAAUUAAGAGUAAAAUAUAAGAACUUUUAAAGAUGAGUGAUUAAAUAUUUGGAAAACUACGGCAUUUAAAAUAAAUUAUAUAAUUUAAUAAAUUACUUAUUAAUUACAUAUCUUUUAGUGUGUAUUUCGAUGGAUUUGAAAGCAUAUUCUAUAUUAUUUGAUUGCGAAAUAUGUACGAGAAGUUACGAGCAUAUUCUGGUAUAUGUAUAUAAUGAAAACAGAAAUUCUAUAAUUGCGGAUUUUUACGUGUAUAUAUAAUCGUACAAAUCUCAUCAUUGGUUAAACUGAUGAACGAUAGCUUGAAUUGUAAGAAUUGCAAAGAAAAAGCGAAGUUUAUAUAUUGAGAAGUAAUUAAUAUUGUUGAACUUCUCUCCGAGAUUAUGUCUUUAUCAUCGUAAUAAAAUUGAUGAAUAUAAAUGCUCUCUAGAACGAGACGAUAGCUUUCAAAAAAGCGUACAGUUGCAGUAAGCACAUGUUUUUACGCUUGUGUGUGUGUGUGUGUGAGAUUUUUCCACAUUGUACGCUUUGCCCCACGUUUGUACAUUAUAAGAUAAAAAUACAUGAAAAAAAACACCCGAUAAUUUUUUAAAUUAUCUUGAUAGAGGAUCCUCGAUUUAAGAAAUAUUAAAUUAAGAUUGCAAGAAUACAGAGAACAAUUUUUUUUUAAUUCGAGAUUAUUAUAAAUACAUAAUUUUUUUUACUGACGUGAGUAGCUUUUGCUAUGGAUGUUUCUUUUUUAUUUAUGUGUGCUUGCGUGAUGACUAUGUACUAUUCGAAAGAUGAAAUAUACAUUUGACGUAUAAAAAAAUUCUCUCUAGUUUUUUCAUUCUUGGUAUAAUAAAAUAUUUCAACUAAUGAGUGAAUAAGAAAAUAAACAUUAGCAGUACUUAAAAAGCUGUUAAUGACAUUGCGAUUAAGAGAUGAUUUUUUAAUCAUCUUAAAAUUGACAUUAGUUAUUAGCGCAAAAAAACAGAUUGUCAUUAAUGAUGUACAUAUUUAUUCGCAUAAUUAUAAUAUCUUUGUCAUUUUAAUAGUCUAUAAGCGAAGAAGCGGAUGACAAACAUCAUGCGUGUUGAUUUAGCUGUUGCGAUAAUUUAAUCUCCUUGCAUUUUGUAAACAACGCGAAAUACAAAACAUGGAUCAAGAAACACUGUUUGAA